AGAGCAGGAGACCAAGGAAGGGAUGGAAGAGGGUGUCAUGUAUGCUGACCUGCGCUUUCCUGCCACACCAGCUCCUCAGCAACGAGUACGCCUGCCCUGGUACUGGGCAGCCCUCAGUCUGGGUCUCCUCUCCCUGACGCUCCUGUUGGCACAAAUCAUCCUGGUCAGCCUGAGUUUCCACUAUUUAGUCCAACAACAGACGAGCAGUGCACACGGUCUCUGGAGUACAGAGGAGAGCCCCAGCUAUGGGAAACAGACACUGGAAGGGCAAUGCCAGUUUUGCCCACUUGGCUGGCUCUGGGAUGCGGGGCAGUGCUACUACUUCUCCUCUGCCAAAAAGAGCUGGGAGCAGAGCAGAGAGGAUUGCUGCUCCAGAGGGGCACAGCUGGUCACCAUCCAAGCCAACACCACUCUGGCUUUCCUGGUGCGCACAGCUAACACGGAUGCCUUUCAUGUGGGGCUGAAGAAGGAUGGCUUCAGGUCUGACUGGAAGUGGCUAGAUGGCACCACACCAGAAGGGAUCUUCCCAACCCAGCGCUACACCAGGUCUUUCCAGGCCUGUGGCAGGGUGUCAGGCUUGGGACUUUUAGGUGGCGCCUGCACAGAAGCCCUCAGAUGGAUCUGCAAGCAGAGUGCAGCCUCUCUGCAGUGGCUCCAGUCCUCACCUCCUGCCUUCCUCUGGGGGAACACCACCUACAGCUGUGUGAGGCCCUGA